UCCGCACCAUGAAAAGCAUAAACCAGCCACGCGCCCGCCACACUGCGCCCACGCGCAGUUUUCCCGCACUCGGCAGCAGCCCAACAGAGCCCUGCCACAACCGGAUCACCCAGAAGGCGCGCCGUGGUCUGGAGAUCUCCGAAGCCAAGUGGGCUCGAGUGUCGUUCGUUCUUAGGCCAGCGACUGCCUGCGGAUAGCACGUGUUGUAAGAUUUGGCUACGAGGCGGCAAGAUAUUUCAGGAGAGACAUAGAUUAUUGAGUGUAUAUGUGCGGAUUUCCGUGUUACCCUCCUCAUAUUUGCGUCGGGGUUCUUCGGUUGUCCUCAGAUUUCCUCGCACGCGAAGCGGACCUCUUUUUAAUGGAAUUAGCCAACAACUUAAUGCAGUAGGACCCUGCUGAAAGGAGUCUUGAGAACCAGUGAGGCUUUUCCGGACAGCUAACCAGAUUAAACGUAAGAUUAUAGUUAUCAUCAUAAUCAGCAGCAGCAGAAGCAGCGCUCCUCUGCCGACGCCCUCUGCCCGCGCCUGUACCCAUUGGCUGGGUGAGAGGGGACUCCAAUGCGCGCCUGCACCACUCGCUGCGCCGCGCGUGCGCGGGAGUGAGUGGCCACUCUGGGAUGGAGACCGUGUCCCUACCGCCUCUGCUCACGGAGAACGCGACCUUCUCGGCCGCUCCGCGCUCGGCGCUCAUCUUCGUGGGCACGGGCGCGCUCAGCCUGCUCACGGUGCUGGGAAACGCGCUCGUCAUCAUCUCCAUCUGCGUCAACCGCCGGCUGCAGACGGUCAACAGCUACUUCAUCUUCAGCCUGGCGUGCGCAGAUCUCAUCAUCGGCGCCUUCUCCAUGAACGUGUACGCGGUGUACGUGUGGCGGGGCGCGUGGCCGCUGGGCGCUGCGCUGUGCGACCUGUGGCUCUCGAUCGACUACGUGGCGAGCAACGCGUCCGUCAUGAACCUGCUCAUCAUCAGCUGCGACCGCUUCCUGUGCGUGUCGCGGCCGCACACCUACCCGGCUCGCCGCACGGCCCGCGCCGCCGCAAUCGCGAUCGCGGCCGCCUGGCUGCUAUCCCUGCUGCUGUGGGCCCCGGCCAUCGUGCUCUGGCAGUUCGUCGAGGGCGUGCGCACCGUGCCCGAAGACGCCUGCUACAUCCAAUUCUUCUCCAACCCCGCGGCCACUUUGGGCACAGCCAUCGCCGCCUUCUACCUGCCCGUAGCCGUCAUGUGCAUCCUCUAUCUCUACAUCGUGCGCGCCAGCAGGUGCCGUGUGCAGCCGGGCGAGCGGCCUCAGCAGCGGCCGCAGGGCCCAGUGAGACUCAUGGCCUCGGCCAAGGUGCUGUUCCAAUGGCCUGGAGGUGGCCGCUCUCGCAGCGCUGAGAGCGCCGCGAGUGAACGGGACGCGGAGGGAGCAGCGCCGAGCGCGCGGCUGGAGCUACGAGCGGCUGGGCACGACGGCGCCGCACAGAUGGAUUGCAGAUCUCGUCAGGGAAGUUCCCUCCGCGAACUCAGCCCAGGUUCCGGAGACGAAGACGUCGACGGCGGGAGCAGCCCGGGAGCGGCGCCUCGCGUCCCCCCCGCGCGGUGCCGCCGCGCGCGCCGCCGUCGUUUGUCGAGCGAGAUCGGAGAGGCGAGCGGAGAGGCGGCGAGUGGCGGCCCGCGGCUCCGAGUGGGUGGGGGAGGCGGUGCAGGCGCCGCGCGGCGGAGCGGGAGCUUUGGCGGCGCCCGGGCGCGGCGCGAGAGGAAGCUGACCCGCACCGUGGCCGCCGUGCUGCUCGCGUUCAUCGUCACGUGGACGCCCUACAACGUGAUGGUGCUGCUCGCCGUGUUCUGCACGGACUGCGUGCCCCACGCCGCCUGGGAGCUGGGCUACUGGCUCUGCUACGUCAACAGCGCCGUGAACCCCGCGUGCUACGCGCUCUGCAUCCGCGAGUUCAAGCGCACGUUCCUGCAGCUGAUGCGCUGCCGCUGCGGGAGCCGAGCGCAAGCCCGGCGCCUCGCGACCGGGAUAGCGCGGGGCAGGUGA